AAGUACUGUCAGUAAUAAGUUUUGGCUAAAAUGUGGAAAAAAAUGAAAAAUUUGAAGUGAAAAAUUUCUAUACAAAAAAACAUGGAUAAAUUCUUGUAAUUUGGACGAUGGCCAAUAAAGAAGUCCUAUUAAGGUCAUCUGAAGAACAAACUCUAGCUGCCAGGGGUUAUCGUUUAUUAAAAAAAUUAGGAGAAGGAUCUUAUGCCAACGUAUACCUAGCAGAAUUUUUCUCAACUACUGAUGAAAAACAAAACAGAUAUUUAGCAUGUAAAGUCGUGGAUGUGUCAAAGGCUCCCAAGGAUUUUGUAAAAAAGUUUCUGCCAAGAGAACUCGAUAUUCUGGUCAGGUUAAAUCACCCUCAUGUAAUUCAUAUUCAUAGCAUAUUUCAAAGAAAAACUAAAUAUUUCGUUUUCAUGCGAAAUGCAGAAAAUGGAGAUUUGCUAGAAUAUGUAUUAAAAAAGGGUCCAGUAUCAGAAGCACAAGCGCGUGUCUGGAUCAGACAGCUUGCCUUGGCAGUUCAAUACCUGCAUAUAAUGGACAUCUCCCACAGAGAUUUGAAAUGCGAAAAUUGCCUGAUUACUGCUAAUUACAAUUUAAAAUUGGCGGACUUUGGAUUUGCUCGUUUUGUAAUGGACAAUAAUGGAAAACAACAGCUGAGCAGCACUUACUGCGGCUCUCUUAGCUAUGCGGCGCCGGAGGUGCUUAGGGGCAUGCCCUAUUAUCCGAAAAUGGCCGACGUGUGGUCUGUAGGAGUGAUAAUCUAUGUAUGCAUUAACAAAGCUAUGCCUUUCGAUGACACUAACGUAAAACGUCUGCACGAGCAACAAGUCAAUAGACGUUGGAAAUUUCGGUCAAAAGUGGUCGAUCAAUUAAGCGAACAAGUGAAACAACUAGUAAGCCACUUAUUAGAGCCAGAUUCCAGUAAACGAUGGAACAUAGAUCGGGUGGUCGAUUCGGACUGGAUCGCCCUUGAUCCGAGAUUUAAGGUUCUCAGCAAAGCCGAAGAAAAUGCUUUAUCCCAAGCGAUUACAGAAAGGCGGCAGUAUAUGGACGGUUUGACCAGAAAAGCCAAGGAAUCAGUGAGGUCUAAAGGAGAAAUGGACGACAUGAAAGUGCUAAAGCCCACAACACAUGAAGAGCAUUUACCCAAAAUCGACAUUCAGAGCACGCUUACUGUUGCAGAGGAAUAAUUUAUUAAAUGCGUUUAUUUGUUUUGAUUUGUUAUAUACUAAUAUAUAUAUAUAUAUAUUUUAUA